GAGAGUGCUAUUCCACCCAGAAUGGAAGUGUGUCCUUACUGUAAGAAGCCAUUUAAACGAUUAAAAUCCCAUUUGCCGUACUGUAAGAUGAUAGGACCGGCUGUGCCUGCUGUUUGUCAGUCCAAGCCGGCUACACUCCCACGUGCUAAAAAAAUCAAAGGACCAAUCAGAGACUCAGUUAAAGCAAAAGAGAAAGGGUUAGGGACCGAUAGAAAGAAAAGAAAUCCCGAACUGAAAGGGGACAGAUCAGAACAACAGACAGUUAAGUCCUCUACACAACUAGCUGUUGGUUUGGAAAAAACAGGUAAUACAAAGGCUGAUAAAGAUUUCAAGAAUCAAAUUCAACCCUCCCUCAAAAUGCUAAAAAAUACUGAACCGAAGAUUACUUUCCAGGGGGAAACUACAGCUCAGUUUUCUGCAUCAGAAAACACCACUCCUAAAAAAGAGCUUACUGAAGAUUUGUCUAAAUCAGGGGAAAGUAGAAAUAACCCUUCAGAAACUGAAGCUUCUUUAGCUCUUGGCCCAAUGGAACCUUCUCUGUCAAAUCAAGAUAGGAAAUAUUCUUCAGCCUUCCCUAAUGAUGUACAAGCCACUUCUGCUGAUUUAAGAUUGGAUAGAGUGGAUGCCCCAAGACAGAACCUUCUCAUAAAAUUACUAGAUAUGCCUCUGGGCGAUUAUCACAGUUCUCCCACGAAUCUCAAUUACGGGGUCAAAAGGGUAAGCACAUCAUCAAGCAGUGAGAGAGAUUCCAAGGCCGGGGAUCACCUCUUGGGAGUCUCUACUAGAGACUCUGGGACUUGGGAAGAGAACACAGGAUCACAAAUUGCAGCUUUUAAAGUUAGCCCGUUAGGUAAAAUCCAGGUCAAGGAGAACCAGGGAAAAGGACUUGACCUUGGAGCAGAGGCAUGUGGGAGCCAAGGAAAUGCAGAGAAAAGUGCAUUUGCAACAGAAAUGCAGGAAUGGGCCGUCAUGAGCGAUGAUUCAGUCAUGGAAAGGAAAUCUCGAGGUGAAGGUCUCCCAACAGGGACAAACUGCAGUGAGCUUCUCUCUGUAUCACAGUCACGUAAUCAAAGUCUUGCCUCUCUGGCUAUGAAAUUUCUCCAAGAAGAGAAGGCAGAAGCCUGCAGCCAUAAUCGAGUCGCUGCUAUGAAGGCAUUGACAAAGAGUGAGGAACAAGCUUCUCUGACACCCAAGUCGGGCUGUCGGCCGCCAGCAUUGCACCCCAGGGGCCAGCAUUCUGCACAUUCAACCCAUCAUCACGCUUCUAAAGGCCCUUUCACAGGUCAGAUCGGUGCCACCGACAGAAAGACCCUGUCCAGCUCCCUGGGGCUGGAGUGGUUUCCAGAGCUCUAUCCGGGUUAUCUUGGACUCGGGGUGUUGCCAGGGAAGCCUCAGCAUUGGGGCACAUUGGCCCAGAAGCCUGCGCUCAUCAGUACCCAGGGGGAAAGCUGCUCACAAGUUCCUUUGAUGGAAAGAAGUUCGACGGCGGUAAGAAGUUUGGAAGCCCCGGCCAGGCUCACAACCUCCAGCUUCUCUCUAAGGAGGCUCUUGGGAGCUGUGCAAACAGGCUGGGUCAGGUGUCGCACCGGCGUGAAGAGCAGAGCAGCCGGCGGCAUCCUGAUGCUCUUCACAGGAUACUUCGUCCUUUGUUGUAGCUGGAGCUUCAAGCGUCUGAGAAGCGUGCCAAGCCCUGCCCCAGACGGACAGGACGCCUCACGGGCUCCUGUGUCGGAGGGAUGAAGACGACUGGGGGUCUCCGCGCUGGAGCAUUCGGUUAGGAAACGCGUUUCAGGAGGAGAAGCCUUUCUGGACUCAGUACCUGAGCGCCUGAGCGUUGCCUCUUCAGCUCCCCACAACAUGUGAGUGCAGUGGUGACGGCAGGAUUAAGCUCACAGCUCCCCAAGGUUGUCAUCAAGAUCAUUUUUGUCACUACUGUAAAUAAACUAGUGCCACUUGUUGUAAUCAGAAUGCUAAAACAUCAUGAAAGGGUUUAACUCCGUUAGAUCACAAUAAAUACUUUACAUCUCUGAAAGUAAGUUCCUUAAUGAGAAAAACUAACUACUUAAUGACCCAUCAGUCCUGAAGGGAUAUCUGCUGCUUAUUGCCCAGUAUGUUGUGUUAGUUUCAGGUGUACAGCAUGGUGAUGCAGUUAUAUAUAUAUAUAUAUA